CUGGGAGCCAGCCAAAAAGUAGAGGUAUUUAGCGUAUCCAUUCCAUUGUCCUUUGUGAUCCCACCAGCAUGUCGUGGCAUUUACCUGCCGGAUCCGCAGCCCUCCCACCGGCACUCCCAGGACCUCCACCAGGUGGUCAGUGGACAGGAUUACCUUUACCUUCAACUAUGGCCACAGGAGUUGUCGCUGGUGGAGCUUCCGGCCAGCCUUCAACAAGUUGGACCACGCAUAAUACCAGUGAUGGCAAAGUAUACUACUUUAAUACUGCCACAAAGCAGAGUAGUUGGGAGAAACCGGAAGAGCUGAAAACACCUCUUGAGAAAGCACUGGCCAAAACAUCAUGGAAGGAAUACACUGCGGAAAACGGUAAAAAAUAUUACUAUAAUACGGUGUCGAAGAUUACAACUUGGGAAAUGCCCGCGGAUCUGAAGGCUUUGCUGGACGAUAGUGCUCAUCACGCGGCGACGCACGGUCAGGGUCCGGAAACGGCGGUUGCGUCGAGUGCCAAUACCACACCCGUAACCAGACGUGACAGCGAAAGGCCUUCCGAGCCAAAGACCAUUGAAUUUAACACCAAAGAGGAAGCGGAGGCAGCCUUCAGACGGCUAUUGUCAGACAAGGGAGUUACACCAGAAUGGACGUGGGACGAAACUAUGCGUGUUAUCAUUGGUCAUCCCAUAUAUCGGGCACUAAAGACACUAGCCGAACGACGAUCAGCGUUUGAAAAAUAUGUUGAAGACAAGCGUCAAGAGAACGAGCACAAGAGGAAGAUGAAAUACGCACAAGAUCGCCAAAUGCUACGUGAACUAUUCGCUGAAUGCUCAGAUAUCAAUCCCAGGACUCGAUACAGGAAAGUGCUAGACAUCUUUGCAAAUCAUACAGAGUUCCAAUCUGUGGAUGAGCAUGAUAGAGAGGCCAUCUUUGCAGAGUACAUAGAGGAUAUGAAGGCAAAUGAGAAGGAAGUCCUUCGCGAGACGAGAAAAGAAAAUGUGGCGAAGUUUGAGCGGAUCCUUCAGCGACUCACACUCGAAAGUGCCAUCACACUUGAGACCACAUGGGUGCAGGUUCAGGAUCUGUAUAAAGCGCAACCAGAGUAUCGUGCGGAUCGAAAAUUGCAGUCUAUGGAACCCACCGACUUCCUACUCACCUUUGAGGCGCAUAUGAACGAUCUUGUCGCGAAAUUUCAGCAAAAAAUGGACGCGGAGCAUCGCAUGUUGCGGCGUCAAGAACGGCUGAAGCGGGACCGGUUCCGUGCGCUGCUUGGUGAAAUGCGGGAGAAAGGCUUGAUGCAUGCAAGAACCAAGUGGUUAGAUGUCUAUCCAGUGAUCUGCAAUGAUGAGCGAUUCAAUGCAUUACUUCAUCAGCAUGGAUCAACUCCAGUGGAAUUGUUUGGUGACGUUAUAAUGGAACUCAUUGAUGAAUUUCGCCCACACAGACGUGCUGUGGAGGACCUUCUCAAGGCACUAGAUAUCACUGUUCGUCCGGACACAUCCUUCCACGAGUUUUCUUCAUACGUGGAAGGGGCCCAAUUAGGAUCUGUUUCGGCGACUACUCUUCGUCUGAUUUUUGAUGAGCAAAUAGAUAGGGCUCUGAUGCAGGAAAAGGAAGACAAGCGACGUUCAGAGAAAAAAAUCCGCAAAAAGAUGGAUGCUUUCAAAUACGUGCUCAAGAAGCUAGAUCCAUCCAUCACGAUAGAUUCAAGUUGGAACAAGGUGGAGCCGUUCGUCAAAAGCACCAGCGAAUAUAAUACGUUGGACGAGUCGCAACGUGUAGAAGUUUUCAACAAAUAUCUUGCACGACUUAAGGAGAAAGCUGAGAGAAAAAGCCGAGCCAAUAACAGCAAGUCUGACCUGGAAGACGAUGAUGAAGAAGGGUCUCUUCGCGAGGAAUCUGAUCGAAGAAAGAAGAGAUCGUCCAAGCAUGAGAAAGAGCGGGACAGGGACAGAGAGAGAAAGAGGCAUCGGCGACAUCGUUCUCUAUCGAGCGGAGCUGAGGAAGAAAGGUCUCGACACAAGCGAAAGAGGGGUGACAUACGGUCUGGAGAUGAUGGCUCCGACUUGGAAGACGGUGAGGAACGUAAUGAGCGCAAGCGCCAGAGUCGUUCUGAAUAUCAUGAUUCACAUCGGGACGGUGGACGACUGGAUGACAGCGAGGAGGAAGGGGAGGUUCGAUGAGCACGUUGUUUUGUUUAGAUACCUGCUGUCAAAUUUGAUUUUGUUACAUAUUUUGGAGGAAGAAAUGUGCAGGGUUUGUUCCAAAGAGGAAUAUAAUUGUGCUUAUAUAAACAGGGAGGUCUGCGGAAUUUAAGGAGUAGAAACUUUAUAACCCA